UUUGCUUUCACAAGCGUCAUAAUUUGAUUUGAAAAUAUUUUCUAACAAUGGCAUAUAAGUGGACCAGGGAAAGUAUUGAGAAAUUUAUAUAUUUGUACCAGGAGCAUGAAUGUCUUUACUCCGUGAGCUCCAAGGACUAUUUAGACCGCCAGAAAAAAGCAAUGGCGCUCCAUGAUAUUCUAGCGAAGAUGCAAGAAAUUGAUGGGUGCAUAACGGUAGACUACCUUAAGAAAAAAUGGAAAAGUUUGCGAACGCAAUAUUUGCAAGAAUGUCGGUCGGUGAAGAAUUCCAAAAAAAGUGGCGCUGGUGUUGAUGAUGUCCACUGUCCGAAGCUUUGGUGCUUUGAUCAACUAAAAUUUUUACACAAUCAUGUGCAAUUCCGUCAAAGUGUUACUAAUGUCGAAGAAGGUUCUGAUGACGCUUCCAGUCCCUUAAGCACAGAAAAGGUACCAAAAAAGCCGAAAUGAUAGCUGACAGAAAAGCAAAUAAAAAUAAAUUUGAGUGGUUGGGUCGGCAAGUGACUGAGCAGAUGGAAGAGGUGGAUGAGGAGUAUCAGCCGCAAGCAGUUAUGGAGGUUCAAGGUGUUAUUAAUAAAUACUGGCAGGAAACCAUAAUAAAAAGAACUGCGUCAUCAUAUUCCACUGCAUCACCACCGUCUCCGAUUCCUUCACGGGAUAUUUUAGAGGAAUCAAUGCGGGGUAUUUUCAGCGAUGAAGAUUUUGAUAUUUAAAAAAAUCGCCAUCCACCGACAAAAUCAUUUAAGAGCCACCCCACACCACAGACCGCCGAUUUAGUUGGGCUCGCUAGUGUUUCCAUUGCAGCACAACUACUUAGUCGGGCGCGAUUAAGUUGGUGUAGCGUUCGCACUUCCAUACAUCUUCAUUUAUUUGAAGCGAGCCCAACUAAAUCGGCGGCUGAUAAAGUCUGUGGUGUGCGGUGGCUCUUAGACAUUUUUAAAUGUGGCUUUAAAGUUUUAAAAUCUGAUAAAGUACAAAGUACAAUGACUAAGUAACCUUUUUUUUAA